AUGACCACCGGCGACGAACAACCGCGGCCCCCGAUGGGUCGGACGCAGAGCACCGUCUCGUUCGCGGCGACGACGAUCAACCACCGCGGUGACCGGGGAAACCACGGUAACCGCAGCGACAACGAGGACGACGACGACGACAACCGCUCGUCCACCUGCAGCACCGACGAAGUGCUGCCCGACGAGGAAGAGAUGCCGCUGGUCGAAGCGUCCAGGACGAGGGUGUUCAGCGUGUCCGCCGACAGGCCGAUCACCAGGAUCCCGACCCGGGUCGACAUGAAGACGUUGACGCACAAGGCGAAGCGACCGGCCGUCGACAUCGAAUUCCACGACCUCACUUACGCCGUCAACACGACAGCGGGACAGAGAACAAUACUGAAAGGCAUAAACGGUUUCUUUCGUUCGGGACACCUGACAGCCAUUAUGGGUCCUUCCGGUGCUGGGAAGAGUUCGCUGAUGAACAUACUCGCUGGAUACGUGAGAAGUGACAUCAAAGGACAAAUUCUUACAAAUGGUCAUCCCAGGAAUAUGCAACUUUUCAAAAAACUUUCCAGUUACAUAAUGCAAGAAGAUCUGCUCCAACCCAGACUUACAGUUAUAGAAUCGUUGAGUUACGCAGCUCGAUUAAAAAUUGGCAGUGAACUAUCGAAAGAAGACAAAGAUAAAGCUGUGAACGAGGUGCUGGAACUCUUAGGGGUAUCGGUGUGUCGUAACACAUAUGUGGAGAAAUUAUCCGGAGGUCAGCGCAAACGUCUAUCCGUGGCCCUCGAGUUGGUCAACAAUCCGCCGGUGAUAUUUCUAGACGAACCCACCACUGGGCUGGACAUUGUAGCGAUAAAGCAGUGCGUCUCCCUGUUGGUCGAUCUCGCCAAACAAGGAAGGACAGUGGUGUGCACCAUACACCAGCCCAGCUCGUCGUUAUUUCACAUGUUCAACCACGUGUACAUGCUGGCCCGGGGCUCUUGUAUUUACAAUGGGUCGCCAAAACAAUUGGUGCCUUUCCUGGCGCAGGUCGGACACGUCUGCAAGCCCACACACAACCCAGCAGAUUUCGUUUUCGAGGUAUUAGACAACGAUACAAUAGUUGACUUAACGAGAGAAAUUCAAAAUGGAAAAGUAAUAUUAUGUGACGAUUUAGACGAAAUGGAAAAUGGAAUGGCAACUUCCAAACUUUGUCGUACCGACACGCUAAUUACAUUACCACCGGUCUUUGAUGACGUACCAGAAUUAGAUCAAUCCGAAGCAGAAUACCCGUCAUCUUUCGGUACACAGUUCUCUAUACUGUUGGCAAGAAAAAUGAAACAAUUCUGUAGGAAUACCACUGGGCUGUGGAUAUCUUUUUUCCAUCAUACAUUCUCAGCAUUGCUUCUUGGAAGUAUUUAUUAUGGAAUUGGAUCAGAUGGUAAUCGACCAUUUGAAAAUUUCAAGUUUUGUAUCAGUGUAAUCGUUUUUUUUGUUUAUACUCACGUCAUGGGUCCAGUACUUAACUUUCCGUCGGAAGUUAAACUAUUGCGGCGAGAAUACUUUAAUCAUUGGUAUAGUCUCAAAUCGUACUUCUUUGCAUCCACUAUUACAUCAUUACCAAGUAUGGUGUUAUUUGGAUCGUUGUUCCUUUUAAUCGUAUACUUUAUGUCUGCACAACCAAUAGAGUGGAUUAGGUUCAGUGAGUUUAUGGCUAUAGGUCUAUUUACUGGUUACACAUCCGAAGGAUUGGGUGUUCUCAUCGGGUCAUCUGUAAAAAAUUCCACCGGAGCCGUGAUGACGCCCGCGCUGCUGGCGCCGAUGCUCGCGCUGGCCGUUUACGGGAUGGGCUACGGGCUGGCCAUCGAGCCCAUCAUGGAGUCGCUGAUGGCCACCAGCUUCCUGAGGUACGCGCUGGUCGGCGUGAGCACCUCGCUGUUCGGCAACGGGCGCGCCGACAUGGAAUGCUCCGAGGAUGACCUGUACUGCCACUACAAGAACCCGGAACUGCUGCUCCGCGACCUGGGCAUGAGCGGCCGGUCGAUCGUCAACCAGUUCAUCGGGCUGGCCUUGUUCAGUGUUUGCUUCAGGCUGGCCGCGUACUACAUCAUCAAGCUGAGGAUGAUGAACAAGCCGCUCCGAAAGAUACCGCUGUACUUCAAGAAGUUCCUGCGAGGGUAG